CAAAGCUGCCUGCAAUUACUAUGUCUAUAUGCAAUCUGUAGGGGUCGGUAUUUUCAAACUUAUACUUUGUUUUAGACGUUUCAGUCUGUACAAGAUUGUCCCUUUCAGCUCUACGUAUGUGACGUCAUUAUUUGCGUCGGGAAGCGUGAGGUGGUCCUUUUUUUCUGGUGAUCCAGCCAUGGCCCGUGGUCCAAAGAAGCACUUGAAGCGUGUUGCGGCACCAAAACAUUGGAUGCUGGAUAAACUGACGGGUGUAUUUGCACCACGUCCUUCAACUGGUCCACAUAAACUCCGAGAAUGCUUGCCUCUCAUAAUCUUCCUCAGGAAUCGCCUCAAGUAUGCCCUAACUGGUGACGAGGUGAAGAAGAUAUGCAUGCAGAGGUUCAUAAAGGUUGAUGGUAAGGUCCGCACCGACAUCACCUAUCCUUCUGGUUUCAUGGAUGUUAUUAGCAUUGAAAAAACGGGAGAACAUUUCCGGCUUGUAUAUGAUACAAAAGGGCGGUUUGCUGUUCACCGAAUCACUGCUGAAGAAGCCAAGUACAAGCUGUGCAAGGUCAGAAAAAUCUUUGUGCGCAAUAAAGGAAUCCCUCACUUGGUGACUCAUGAUGCACGCACUAUCCGUUACCCAGAUCCCCUCAUCAAAGUGAAUGAUACGGUGCAGAUCAACUUAGAGAGUGGCAAAAUAACAGACAUGAUCAAGUUUGAUACAGGGAACUUGUGUAUGGUAACUGGUGGUGCUAACUUGGGUCGUAUUGGUGUGAUUACCAACAGAGAGAGACACCCGGGCUCAUUUGAUGUUGUCCAUGUAAAAGAUGCUAAUGGCAACAGCUUUGCUACCAGAUUGUCAAAUAUUUUUGUUAUCGGCAAGGGUAACAAACCAUGGAUAUCCCUACCUCGUGGAAAGGGUAUCCGUCUUACUAUUGCUGAAGAGAGAGACAAGAGGAUUGCAGCAAAACAAACCAGUUAAAUUGCAAACAGGAAAAACUUGGCAUUUACGACUGUGAAUGUUUUGUCAAAUAAAAACUAUGUACAGAA